UACCCCUGGACAUUGAUCAAUCAGAGUCUUAUAAAAGGCCUGCUGACUGCUGCUGACAGCAGAGGAAGGUUUUGGAAGACAAAACCAUGGCUGGUGGUUCUCAGUUCAUUUGGAUUCCGCUCCUCUUCACCUGUGUACUCGGCACUUCUGAUCCCAGAGCUGGCCACAACAGUUUGGUCAGAACUGGGAAUCCCGACUUGGACGAUAUCCUUUCCAAGAUCAUACAAUCCACUGACUUUCAAAACAGUCCUGUAAAUGUAACGUCAAUUGUCAUCAAAACUUGCACCGGUAUGAAAGAAACUUUGGAGGUGUUACAAAGGAAACUUCAGCAGGCGACUCGCCGUUGCAACCAAAUCGAUGACGAAGCCUCUGGGCUGAGGACUGAUGUCGUGCAGCUGAAAGUGAAACUUGCUGCAUGCAUGUCAACAGCAUCGUCUACAUCUGGCGCGUACCAACCCAAUCUGCAGCUCAAAAUGAAGCAGAUGCUGGAGAAGCUUGAUGGUGACACACUUCUCAUUUUUAAAAUAAUGACACUCACCAGGGAGGUGAGCACUUUACAGGAGAAGGUCAAGCUUGCUACUAAUUCUAACAGAACUGCAGACGAAAUCGCAGAGCUGCAGAAAGAGCUGGACAAGAAGACGGCUGAACUAAAAGAUCAGAUACAGGAAGCUGAAGAAAGCCUUUCAAGCGCAACUCUCAUAAUUCAGAUAAUCUCCCUGCAGAAUCAGCUCUGGGCUUUACAAGAGGCAGAAACAAGAGGGGGAAAACCAAACUCUAACAGUUCAAGUUACAUGACUCUGGUGAAACAACAGCUCAACAGGAAGAUCGUUCUGCUGCAAGAAAAAGGAGAUACCAACUCUUCUAUUUUGCUGGAACUGAUUUAUGUACGCACAAGGAUUGCAGAGUUGAAGAGGAUGAUCAUCGAUGCUAUUGAGAAAUCCAAAACCAUCGCCGCUGAUGCCAGGAAGCAAUGGAACCAAAAGAUUGAUCUCCUCAGAAAGCUGAUUAUACAGCUGAAAGAUGACGAGAACAACAGGGAACUAACCAUGCAAAUUAUGAGAGUGCAGGCUGAGGUGCUACAUUUUGAACAGCUGAUGAAAAACGCCAAAAACAUCACUGAUUCCCAAAUUCAAGGGUUCCGCGUUAUGUUGGACAAAGAGAAGCAAAGGCAAGACAUUUUACAGAGGCAACUGGAAGCAGUGGAGUAUGUUAAGGCACAGCAGAUCAUGCAAGUCAUCAGCCUAAUAGAAGAAAGGAAAGAGCAGCACCUGACAGGCCAGCCCACCACUGUGCGUGAAGGUAUAGAAAAAAAAUACAUCGAAGCUCAGGCCAAAUUAAGAGAGCUGGAGAGGAAAUUGCGACUGAAGACUGAAAUGGAUUCCAAAUUUGUGAAAAGAUAUGAGCAGGUGAAGACCGACUUUGACCGCAAAAUUGCUGAACUGAAAAGAACCGAGGACCUCCAACCAGCUCUCAUUAUAAAGUUGAUGAGCCUGCAUGAUGAGCUGAGGGCUUUGAAGGAUCAGAUCUCUCUCUCAGAAGACAAAGGCUUGACCUCCGAGCUACGGAAACAACUGGAGAGAAAACAAGAAGAACUGAGCUCAGGAAUUGCAGACAUAGAGAGUCUGACUUCUAGCCCAGGAGCAAUUUUAAAGAUCCUUGAACUGCAACAUGAGUUAUGGAACCUUCAGAACAAAGCCACCAAUGGAACCCCAAGCGAUCGAGAAGAGGAGUUACAGAACAGACUAGACGGCUUCAUCGAUGAAAUCAACAACAGAGCCGGUGAAAACACAAAACUGAUUCUGAAAAUCAUCAGUCUGCAAAGUCAGCUGGAGCACCUGGACACGCUGCUGUCACAAACCUACAAUUCAAACUCUCCAAGCAUGGUGAUCAUAAGGAACAAUCUAACAGAUGAGCUCACAUUCAAGAGAGCCGAGCUACAGAAAUAUAUAUAUCAGCUGAAUAACAAGAAUCCGGCUAAAGCCAGAUUAAUUCUGGUUAUCACUGAACUCUACAAAAAUCUCAAAAGAAUUGAAAAAGAAAAUCGUGACGAUAACGCAGCAUCCUCUUUAACAUUAACUCUCCAUCAGAUGUAUCUUCAAAACAAAAACAGGAAAUAUGCUCUUAUCAAGGAUAAAGUCGCAGAGCUGGAGAGGCAACUGCAGUUAAAGACACAUGAAUGCUCUGGACUCGAGCAACAACGAAACCAGCUGAAGACUGAAGUUGAAGAGAAGAUUGCAGAACUGAAGAAGACGAAAGACUUCAAAACUGCUCUGCUCCUGAAUGUGAUCAACAUGCAGGCUGAAGUGAGGGCUUUGAGGGAGCAAAUCUCAAAUUCAGAAGAUCCAGAAAUCAUCUCACAGCUGCAGAUGCAACUGGAGAAGAAGCAAGAUGAACUGAUUACUAAGACUGCAGAAAUGGAGGAAUUGAUUGCCAACCCGGUACUAGUUUUACAAAUCAUUGAGCACCAGAAUGAGAUAUGGGACCUGCAGAACAAGGAUGUGAAUGGGACAGCUGGUGACCAGAUAAAAGCUCUGCAAAACAGAAUAGACACACUCAUGGCUCAAAUGGGCAGCAGUGAUCAAGAAAACACCAAACUGACACUGAAAAUCCUGAAUCUGCAGAGUCAGGUGAAGCACCUGCAGAAUCUGCUGUCAAACCGUGAGACUCUGCAAACCAGUAAGCUAACUGAGCUCACAAAUGAGCUUGCAGCCAAGAAGGGAGAGCUGGAGAAACAAGUCAAUGAGCUGAAAGAGAAGAACCAGGAAAAUGCCAACCUGAUUUUGAACAUCACUGAUCUGCAAAGCCAACUUGAAAACCUUGAAAAAGUUAAGACAGCUGAGGAUAAAGAAAGUGCUGCUACAAUUUCUAAUCUCAGAAAACAACUGAAGGAUAAAGAGGAGGAGCAUUCUCGCGAUCAGGAAGUGAUCCUUGACUUGCAGCAAAAACUGAACGAGACACAAAGCUGUUCAGAUUAUGAGCAGACAAUUACAGAUCUGCAGCAAAGCCUGAAUGACAAAAUCAAGGAGCUGCAGUCCAAAUCGAACUCUGUUACUUCACUUGCUCUACAAAUUUCUACAUUAACUCAGCAAGUGGAGCAACUGAAAGCGCAAAUGGACAACUCUGUGUCCAAAUCCAAGGUUGAUGAGCUCCAAAAAGCCAUAGAUGAAAAGAACGAGGAGCUGGACAAACUAACAAAAGAGCUGAAAGAGAGAAGCACUCAACCACGUAGACUUCUGCAGAUUAUUGCACUACAAGCACAAAUCGAGAAACUGGACACUGUGGCGAAAAAUGAUACAGACGAUGAGAAGAUUAUAGCACUUCAAGAAAAGCUCACUCAUUUGAUUGAAGGAGUUAAAGAUGAACAGGAUGAAAAUACUAAGCUGACAUUUCAGAUCUUGAAUCAGCAAGCUGAAAUAGCAAGACUGAAGAAGCAAGAAGAGAGGAAGAAUCAGACACAAGAAGCACAAAUUAAAGAUCUGGAGAAGCAACUGGAGGCCAUGAGGAAUCAGAUAAACACAGGAGGUGGUCCUCAGAUUAUGGAGCUUGAAGUGCAAAUUGAAGAACUGGAAGAUAACAUAGCAGCCCUCAAAGAGGCUCAUACUGAGAGCCUUGCAGACCUUCAAAGGAGACUAAAGUUGAAAGAGAGGCAGCUGGAAGACACUGAAAGUCAACUUGAGCAUGCAGAUGCAGAGAAUUUUAAAUAUGUGAUGGAGAUUGCUGAUCUGAGGGUGAAACUGAAAAAGGCGGUGACGCAGACAUCUGACAAAAAAAUCAAAGACAUGGAGAAGAAACUAAAAACACAAGAAACUGAGAAUAAAAAACUUGAAGCUGCAAACAAAGAGUUGGAGAAAAAACUGCAAUUAAAGACUCAAGAAUGCUCUGGACUCAAGGAACAACGAAACCAGCUGAAGACUGAAGUUGAAGAGAAGAUUGCAGAACUGAAGAAGACGAAAGACUUCAAAACUGCUCUGCUCCUGAAUGUGAUCAACAUGCAGGCUGAAGUGAGGGCUUUGAAGGAGCAAAUCUCAAAUUCAGAAGAUCCAGAAAUCAUCUCACAGCUGCAGAUGCAACUGGAGAAGAAGCAAGAUGAACUGAUUACUAAGACUGCAGAAAUGGAGGAAUUGAUUGCCAACCCAGGACUAGUUUUACAAAUCAUUGAGCACCAGAAUGAGAUAUGGGACCUGCAGAACAAGGAUGUGAAUGGGACAGCUGGUGAUCAGAUAAAAGCUCUGCAAAACAGAAUAGACACACUCAUGGCUCAAAUGGGCAGCAGUGAUCAAGAAAACACCAAACUGACACUGAAAAUCCUGAAUCUGCAGAGUCAGGUGAAGCACCUGCAGAAUCUGCUGUCAAACCGUGAGACUCUGCAAACCAGUAAGCUAACUGAGCUCACAAAUGAGCUUGCAGCCAAGAAGGGAGAGCUGGAGAAACAAGUCAAUGAGCUGAAAGAGAAGAACCAGGAAAAUGCCAACCUGAUUUUGAACAUCACUGAUCUGCAAAGCCAACUUGAAAACCUUGAAAAAGUUAAGACAGCUGAGGAUAAAGAAAGUGCUGCUACAAUUUCUAAUCUCAGAAAACAACUGAAGGAUAAAGAGGAGGAGCAUUCUCGCGAUCAGGAAGUGAUCCUUGAUUUGCAGCAAAAACUGAACGAGACACAAAGCUGUUCAGAUGAUAAGCAGAGAAUUACAAAGCUGCAGCAAAGCCUGAAUGACAAAAUCAAGGAGCUGCAGUCCAAAUCGAACUCCGUUACUUCACUUGCUCUACAAAUUUCUACAUUAACUCAGCAAGUGGAGCAACUGAAAGCGCAAAUGGACAACUCUGUGUCCAAAUCCAAGGUUGAUGAGCUCCAAAAAGCCAUAGAUGAAAAGAACGAGGAGCUGGACAAACUAACAAAAGAGCUGAAAGAGAGAAGCACUCAACCACGUAGACUUCUGCAGAUUAUUGCACUACAAACAGAAAUCGAGAAAUUGGUCGUUGUGGCGGAAAAUGAUACAGAUGACCAGAAGAUUAAAGCACGUCAAGAAGAGCUCAAUUCUUUGAUUGAGGGAAUUAAAGAUGAACAGAAUGAAAAUAUUAAGCUGACAUUUCAGAUCUUGAAUCAGCAAGAUGAAAUAGCAAGACUGAAGAAGCAACAGGAGAGGAAGAAUGAGACACAAGAAGCACAAAUUAAAGAUCUGGAAGAUCAACUGAAGACCAUCAGGAAUGAGAUACAAUACAAGACAGACCUGCUGGGUAGAAAAGAUAUAAAUAUUGCUAAUCUGUCUGCUCAGAUUAUGGAGCUUCACGAGCAAAUUACACCACUGGAAGAUAACAUAGCAGCCCUCAAAGAGGCUCAUACUGAGAGCCUUGCAGACCUUCAAAGGAGACUAAAGUUGAAAGAGAGGCAGCUGGAAGACACUGAAAGUCAACUUGAGCAUGCAGAUGCAGAGAAUUUUAAAUAUGUGAUGGAGAUUGCUGAUCUGAGGGCGAAACUGAAAAAGGCUGAAACGCAGACAUCUGACAAAAAAAUCAAAGACAUGGAGAAGAAACUAAAAACACAAGAAACAAAGAAUACAAAACUUGAAGCUGCAAACAAAGACCUAAAGCAGGAAGUCACGGAGCUGAAGAUGUGCUGCUCUCAAAUGCCAGAGGAGUGUGAAGACUUGCGGAGAGAGUUGCAGCAGAGCCAUGAUGAUGGAGACCGCCUGCAACAGGAGCUGCGUCAGAAGGAUGCCAAGCUCAACCAGUUGGAGCAGGAGUUACAAAGACAGAACAGGGAGAAUAACAGACUGCAGAAUAAUAUUGACAGGCUUCAAAAGGAACUAGGUGAUAUAGAAGAAAAGACCAUCCAUACCUCAAAGACGACCUUCGAUCCAGACACAGCGCACCCAAGAAUAGUUUUAUCUGAUGAUGAAACCGAGAUGUCCACUACAGAGUUUAUGCAAGACGUCCCCGACAAUCCAAGACGGUUUGAUGUGAUUCUGGGGGCCCUAGGUGCCACCGGCUUCUCAUCUGGCAAGCAUUACUGGGAGGUGUCAGUAGCUGGGAAGACCUGUUACCACCUUGGGAUGACCAGUGAAUCUUCUCAAAGAAAGGGAUCAAUACGCUUCAGUCCAACAAAUGGUUACUGGACUAUAGUCCUGAACAAACAGGGUCAGUACGGAGCUAUAGAGCACAGGAGGACGGUUCCCAUUCCUGCUGAGGUACAUCCCGUUACCCUGGGUAUCCUGCUAGAUUACAAAAAGGGAACCAUCUCGUUUUAUGAUUCAGGGGCCAGAACUCAUAUGUACUCUUUUGUAGGUCAGCGCUUCACAGGAAAAAUUUAUCCAUUUGUCAAUUUCUGUGUAGAAGAUGGCAGUGCUCCAAAUCCAAUAGUUUUAAUUACUCCUGGAGCAACUGACUGGAUAAAAUAAGGGUCACGAGAAGUUUUGUCCGCACCCAUGUCAAAAUGUGUGACAUUGAGCAUAUGAGUAAUAAAAUAAUAACUGAAGAAUAAGUCGCACAUAUUUCUGCUAUUGUUGCUAUUAAAUGCUUCAGACAGUAAAACAAAUAUACCAUGCUUGCAACAUUCUCUCCCUGUCUUUAAAGCCAA